AUGAAUUUCCAAUUGCUAUUCCUGACACCAAAGCCGCUUCCCAUGAACGAUCUGAUCGCCUGUCUCGUCCUCGGAUUCAAUAUCAACCUCCUCUUGACCACCUUCGCGCACACCAAUUGGAUGUUGGUUACAGCUUCCUGGUACUUCUACACGACUGUAGUCUUCACAGCUAUGCUGAAUUACGGACUCUUGAUUUGGCAGCUGUACCAUAGCGCCGAGGCUUCGUUCUGGGAAGCCACCUGCAGCUAUUUCCUGGCCGAAAACAAAGACAACAGUGCUCCAAACUUGCCUGGAUCCUUUCUAGCGGACAUGCCUCAAGGACUUCAAGAAGACCACCGUUUGUCGAGCCUUCCUGGUUCGUUUCCAAUCGACAACAACAGCCCUCAGGCAAACGAUGGAAAUGGAAGCCACUACACCUCUUUAGAAGGGAUUAAUGUCGCAACGCAGCAGACUGUCGGACUCGGACAUCGCAGUCUUCCUCACCUCGUCGACUUCAACCUGCUGCACCAGAGCCGAAGCCUCAUGAAUGCUUUUACACACCCUUCCCAUUGCGACCAGCAAUUCGUUGGCUCGGACUCAGGAUACGGCAGCUCCACCGACAGCCUCGCCGAAAAGCCAGAACAAGACACGAACUCCGAAUCUGCAGACCAUGGACAAUCGCGUACGGAACAGCGCGGCCCAUCUGCCCCUGCUGGGCAGGAGGCGCAUGAGAGCCUGGAAGCGCCAGAUGAUAACCAAGAAGUUGGUGAGGGGGAUGGAUCAGGCAAUGGAAAUGGAACGGGAAAUGGAGAUGAAGAUGGCGGAGAUGAUGGCCAGGACAAAAACUACGACGCUGAUGACGAAGAACAAGAUUCUGGCUCUGGCUCUGACUCUGACUCUGAUUCUGAAGAUGGCGGCGAAGGAGGUGACAACCUAGGACAAGACGAAGAAGCAGAACCGGUCCAAUACCGCUAUGUCCACACCGACCAACAUGGGCGCCGACUGGCUUGGGACUAUACCAACAUCCCCACCCGAUUCGACAGUUCGACUCCCCCACGACGGAGCUCGACUGCCCUCCAGGCCUGGGCGCGUCAAUUCAGACGGGCUGCACGUCGUCAGCAACAGCAAUGA